AUUCUUGAGAUUUUUUUAUAAAGCUAGCAUAAUCAAUAUGGUAAUACAAAAGUUUGAAAAAGUAGGUGGCAAAUGGCAUGUUUUCGGUUCAAAUGUCAGGUUCGUCAUAGAAAAAUACUACUUCUCGAAAUUUUUAAAAAUUGCCAUUAAGAUCGAAAAUGUCUCAUGAUGCGCCCAAGUCCUCCGACAAACAGCCCAAAAGGGAGCCUCCAGCUGUGACUGCGGAAACCAUCACCAUGGACAAAUGCAUCGCCGACUUUUGCCUGAAGGGGGGAAGUGGCCUGAUCAUUGGCAGCGUUUUCACCCUGUUCUUCACGCGUCCACAAACCUAUCCCAUUUGGCUGGGGAUGGGCUUUGGCAUGGGUGUAGCCUACGACUGCUGUCAGGCCCGUUGGAGUGAGCAAUAGUAUUCGAAUGAUCUUGAGCAUUAUUUAGCGUAGGGUUUUUUAGUUCUGGAAACAUUUGGAAACUUGUAUUUGAAGAAUUAUAAAGUAUAUGAAUAUAUCUUAAAUAAAACGGUUUUGAGACUUAAAUAAAAAAAUAAUUAAAAAAAUUAACUUUUAAA